CGGCAGCGGCGCCACCAUGGCGCCAGGAGCGCUGGCAAGGCGCGAGCUGGCGAGAUCAGCACUGGAGCGCCGCGCCUGCAAGAGAGGACGCGCCCUGGCGCAGGGAGCCGUCGCGGCCACGCCGCACUGGCCAGGCCCGUCCUCACCCCUGGCAGCAGCAGCAGCAGCAGCAGCCCAGUCCGCACCCCCGGCAGCAGCAGCAGCAGCAGCCCAGGGCGACCAAGGGCAGACAGGCCAGCUCCAGCAAAGCAGAUCAACGGGCACAGAAGGUGAUCGACUCAGUGGCGGCCUGCACGCUGGACGAGGCCACCACGCAUCCAAAGUGGCAGGCGCCUCCAGCCGACCGAGCAGGCAUCCAGAAGUUCCUGAGCAGUGCCGACCAGAGAUUGAGGAAGCUUGGCGACCUGGUCGUUGCCAAGCAGGCGGCGGGCGACUACACUAAGGAGCAGCUGAUGGAGAUCGCCGUCAUCAAGUACCAGAAGCUGGUCACGAGGAGGCCGAAUGACCAGCUGCAGGUGCUCAGCAAAAGGCGCAAGGCCCUCAAGUUGGAAGUCGCCGCCCUCGAGACCAAGAUGAACGAGGUGGGGGGCGACCACAAGGCCGAGCAGCAGGAGCUGAGGCAGGUCGAAACCAACAUCGCCGACGUACGUGCUGUGCUCGCCGACGGUGGCGCGGCAGACGACGAGGGCGACUGGGGCACGGACGGGUUCGGCUCGGCGCCGAGCUGGGAUACGUUCCACAAGGCCGUGAUCGACAGGCGCCUGAGCAGCGAGGCUCCUGGUGACGGACCGCCAGCUUGGCCAGCGGGAGCGCCAGGGCGCACGCCACGCUCAAGAGCCAGCUCGGCAGGCAGCGCAACCAGAGGCUUCGCUGAUCAGGUGGCCAAGGCGAACGCGGAGAGAGCGCAUCAGCAGCAUCGCCAUGCCGAAGCCGAGCAGGAGUUCGCUGCCGAGCUGGCGGAGUUCAGGAGGGUGGCCCGCGAGCAGGCGCUCCGCCACAACGCCGAGCAGGCGAAGCUCAGACUGGCCUUGAAGGAGGAGUCAGAGCAGCUGCAGCGCACCACCGAGGCGGAGAGCGCAGCGCAGCAGCUGCAGCAGCAGCAACACAAGGCCCUCCGCCACGAGCUCAAGAAACAGCAAUCCGUGCAGCUCGAGUUCGCGACGCAGAUGGAGGCCAGGCUUCUCAACCAUGACGCCGCAUACAGCCACGCCAAGUCUGAGGCCGAGGCGGAGACCCAACGUGCAAAUCGCCUGCUUAAGCAGCUCGAGUGUGCCCGUGCGGAGCACCGCGCACAGCCACAGCCCCAGGAUAAGGUCUACCAAGACCUGAUGCGGGCACGCGCCGAGGCGCAGGAGGCAUGGCAGCAGGCCCAGCACGAGAACGCCAAGGCGGCAGCUGCUGCUGGCACCCACAGGCAGCAGCUCAUCAGGCAGGAGGUGAUCAUGGAGGAGAAGCUACAGGAAGCCAAGAAGGACCACAUGCUUGAGCUGGAGGCCGCAACUGAGUCAGCCAGGGUCCAGGCAAUCGCCCAGGCCCAGGCCGUCGCCAAUACCAAGGGAAAAGGAGCCCUGCCGCCGGCAGAGGCGGCCAGGCUGCAAGGUAUUGUCCAGACCGCAGCAAGACAGCAGGAUCGGCUCAAGCAGACCAGGAGCGAGCUCGAGGCAGCUGAGGCCCGCAUCCACGAACUCCAGCAGCACUCCAAGCUUGAGGCAGGGGCAGCACAGCGUGCAGUCCAGGUCGCCUACCACGAAGCAGCGGAGCUCAGGAGUGCCAGCGAGGAGCGGCAGGUCCCGCACGAGGUGCAGGCCCUGCAGUAUGCCCUGCUAAGGACCAGAGCAGAGAAGGAGGAGAUAGCGAAGGCCAGUCUGAAGGAUAAAGAGGCCAUGCGUGCGGAACUUGAAGGUAGUGCGGAGCAAGCACGAUCGCACCUCACCCGCCAGGUCAUGAUAGAAGAGGCGCACGCAUAUGACUUGCAGCUGCACGCCGAGAGCCUGCGACAGGAGCUGAGCAGCUACGCGAUGCAGCUGAGCGAGCAGAGGUCCAGCGCGGAAGUGCAGGAGCAGGCGCUGGAGGAGGAGCUCGCCCAGGCCCUCACCUUCAGGAUCGCCAGCAUGGAGGAGGCCUCCGCCAUGGAAGUCUUUGCCAGCCAGCAGAGGACUGGCAGGGAGGAGGCCAUUCAUCUCGCUCUACAAGACAGCCUCCAGCGCUCCCGCACGCUGCACGCCGAGCUCGACGCCAUCGCGCAAAAGGAGAAGCAUGGCGCAUCCGAGACAGAGGAGUUAAAGCUAAGGCUGCUGAGCCUGGAAGCCAUCGCAGCCAGCAGAGAACGUGAACGCAAAACCAUGGUCGACCUGUACGCCGAGAUGAGGCAAUACGGCCAGGAGGGCUACGACUUCACGAAGAGGGCAGCUCAUCACCUCGUCCAAGGAGGCCACCUCCCAACAUCCCAAGAGUCCAUGGGCGACUACCAGGAGGCCGCCGGCCUGUACGAGAAGGCCCACAUCCGCCAGGUCAGUCAGAUCAGCAGCUCGCCAGCCCGAUGA